AUGGCCUUGAAAAAGACACCUAAACUAUUUAAGACAUUUUUUCACUGGAAACUUUGGAAGUUUAGCAUUAUUGUAUUUGUCUUUCUGGUAUUUUUAUUUUUAUUACAAAGAGAAGUGGGUGUUCAAGAUUUUAAGGAUGAAGCAGGGAUUGAGCCAGUUGUUGGAAAGAAAAGUCACGUGUUAGGUCUUGUGUUAAACGCUAUGAACAAUAUCAAAGGUGCAAAGCCAAAAAUGCAGAUAAAAGCACCCAUUAGGCAAACUAAGGUUCCUGGACAAAGACACUGCUUGCCAGGGCACUAUACUCCAGUGGAACUGAAACCCUUUCUAGAUCGGCCCCUUCAAGAUCCUAAUGCUCCUGGAGCAUCUGGCAAAGCAUUUAAAACCAUCAACUUAAGUUCAGAAGAACAGAAAGAAAAACAGGCUGGAGAAGAGAAACACUGUUUUAAUGCAUUUGCAAGUGAUAGGAUUUCUUUACACCGAGAUCUUGGACCAGACACUCGACCUCCUGAAUGUAUUGAACAAAAGUUUAAGCGCUGCCCGCCGUUGCCAACCACAAGCAUUAUCAUCGUUUUCCAUAAUGAAGCGUGGUCAACUCUGCUCAGAACUGUCCACAGUGUGAUGUACACAUCUCCUGCCAUACUGCUGAAAGAGAUUAUUUUGGUGGAUGAUGCCAGUGUAGAUGAGUACCUGCAUGAUAAACUAGAUGAAUAUGUGAAACAGUUUCAAAUAGUUAAAGUAGUCCGUCAGAAGGAAAGAAAAGGUCUGAUCACUGCACGGUUGUUGGGAGCUUCAGUAGCAACAGGAGAGACCCUUACCUUCCUGGAUGCUCAUUGUGAAUGCUUUUAUGGCUGGUUAGAGCCAUUAUUGGCAAGAAUUGCUGAGAAUCCUGUUGCUGUUGUAAGCCCUGACAUUGCUUCUAUUGAUCUCAAUACCUUUGAAUUCAGUAAACCAUCUCCUUAUGGGCAUAGCCACAACAGAGGAAAUUUUGAUUGGAGUUUGUCAUUUGGAUGGGAGUCUCUUCCUAAACAUGAGAAUAAAAGAAGAAAGGAUGAAACCUAUCCAAUUAGAACACCUACUUUUGCUGGAGGUCUCUUUUCAAUAUCAAAAGACUACUUUGAACACAUUGGAAGCUAUGAUGAAGAAAUGGAAAUAUGGGGAGGUGAAAAUAUAGAAAUGUCUUUCAGAGUAUGGCAAUGUGGUGGACAGUUGGAGAUCAUGCCUUGCUCUGUUGUUGGCCAUGUCUUUCGCAGCAAGAGUCCCCAUACUUUCCCAAAAGGUACUCAGGUGAUCACACGCAACCAAGUUCGCCUUGCAGAAGUGUGGAUGGAUGAAUAUAAAGAAAUAUUUUACCGAAGAAACACAGAGGCAGCAAAAAUUGUGAAACAAAAAACAUUUGGAGACAUAUCAAAAAGAAUUGCUUUAAGGCAGCGCCUGCAGUGUAAAAAUUUUACCUGGUACCUCACUAAUGUUUAUCCAGAAGCAUAUGUGCCAGACCUGAAUCCUUUGUUUUCUGGAUAUUUAAAAAAUAUAGGUAACCGCAUGUGUCUGGAUGUUGGUGAAAAUAACCAUGGUGGCAAACCACUGAUUAUGUAUUCUUGUCAUGGACUUGGAGGAAACCAGUACUUUGAAUAUUCUGCACACCACGAAAUUCGCCAUAACAUUCAGAAGGAGCUUUGUCUGCAUGCUUCCAAGGGACCUGUGCAGCUUCGUGAGUGCACUUACAAAGGCCAGAAAACCUUUGCUGUUGGGGAGGAGCAGUGGCUGCACCAGAAGGAUCAAACUCUGUACAAUGAAGCACUGCAUAUGUGCCUUACAGGAAAUGGAGAGCAUCCGAGUUUGGCAUCCUGUAAUCCAUUAGACCCCUUCCAGAAGUGGAUCUUUGGCCAGAACGAUUAAUAUUUGA